AUGGAAUCAGAAUCAACUGUUCCUCCUCCUCCCCCACGUCUUUGGUCUUUUUCAAGUGUUCGAUUAGCUAUAGCAAUUUCUUUAGCACUUUCACUUGCAAUUGAAGGUUUAAUGAGGAGUAAUAUAAAUAUGGCAAUGGUUUGUAUGGUUAAUAGAACAGCUAUUUUAGAAGAAGAAUUUAAAUUAAAUAAUUAUUUUAAUAAUUCUUUAAAAAUUGAAGAAAAACAAAUUUUAAAAGAAAUACAAAAUGAAUGUAAAAAUUCUUUUGAAAAAGAAAAUAAAAGUGUUGUUGAUUAUAUUGGUGGAGAUUUAAUAAUUACAAAACAACAACAAUCUUUAAUUUUUACUUCUUUUUAUUUGGGUGGUUUAAUUAUAAUUUUGCCUGGAUCAUUUCUUUGUGAUUGGCUAGGUCCAACUCAAUUAGUUUUUCAUGGGGCUUUGUUAAAUGUACUUUUAUAACACCUUUUAUUGCACGCCAAAUGAAACCAAUGGCUUUGGCUUUUGUCCGCUUUUUGAUGG